AUGGCUCGUGGGGCCGAUGUCCGAAAAACCCCGGGUAUUAUGGAACAAGCAACAAGCAUCAACAACAUUGAUUCCGUGCGAAUCCUACUACAAACUGGCGUUGACCCCAACUCUAAAAAGGAUGGAAUUUAUACACCAUUGUGCUCUGCGAUCCGUGACAAUCGUGGGGAUAUAUUUGCGCUUUUGCUGGCCAACGGCGCAAACCCCAAUGUCAUGGCAUCGGAACCUCCACCAGCACCGGGUAUUGUCGAAAUGGCAGUGCAAGUCAACAACGGAGAGGCCGCACAGUGGCUCUUGGAACACGGAGGCGCGAAUCCGAACGAUCGCAAUGCACAGGGACAUACAGCACUCACAACAGCGAUUCGUGAUGACCGCGUCGAUCUACUGACUCUCCUGCUGGCGCAUGGAGCGGAUCCCAACCAACGUGGCCAAGACUGGCCCGUGUGUAUGGCCGUCCGGUCUCCGACACUUUUGCAACAGCUCCUCCCCGCCGUGACAGACCUGUCGGCACACAAAGGGGUCAUGGAGAUGGCCGUGUUGGCGAACCAGUUGGAUAGUAUCAAGUUGCUACUCGCUGCGGGUGCCAGCGUCGAGUACAAGAAUGGCGGGGUUUUCUCCCCGUUAACGACAGCGCUUCGCGAGGGUCACGAAGAUAUUGUGCGAUUCCUGCUGAAUGAAGCUGGUGCAGACCCCAAUGCGCCCGGUGAGCAUCUUCCCAUUGUCAAGGCUGUCCGUAGAUGCCACGAUAGAGACUUCAAGAUGAUCGAAUUGUUGCUCGAGAAGGGCGCAGACCCGAAUGAAACCUAUCGGGAAUGGAACGCGGUAAUGGAGGCCAUCGAGAACCGAGACCUGGGUCUCCUUCAACUUCUGGUAGAAAAGGGCGGAGGCGUCGAUCUUGAAAAGCGAGACGAGACUGGCAAGAGUGUGAUGCAGAUGGUGGAUGCCUCUGGUUGGAGUGAAGCAACACAGCUUCUACUCGACAAUGCGCGCCGAUGA